AUGGAUUUUAUUCUGCCACACGCAACCACUGUCCAAGAUAUCCAGUGGGAGAAAGUUCUGCCUCCUCUCAUCCCACGACUGAAUGGAAUCUAUGGACAAUACAACUGGUCACCAAAACUGCUCAUGGCCGAGACGGAAAACGGCAGCUGUACGGAGGUGAACUGCGAUGACUCCGGCUUCACGAUUCAGGUGGAUGUGAAGCAUUUUCGACCAGAGGACCUCCUGGUGAAGGUCAUCGGGGAAUUUGUGGAAGUGCAAGGAAAGCACGAGGAAAAAAAGACGGACGGCAGUGGACUGACCACGCGGCAGUUCAACCGCAGAUUCAGAGUUCCAAAAGAAGUGGACGUCAUGGCUUUAGAAUCAGCCGUUUCUCCCAGUGGGAUUCUCAUCAUCUCUGCCCCCAUCCUACAGCCUGACAAAAGCCACACUUUGGCCUAG